AAGUCUAAUUGGCAUGCCAUUUAUGGCGGUAAACUCGCUUAACGGCUAAGACUUUGGAUUGGAUCCUUGAAAAUCUCUUCUUCUCUCCUCUAUUUUUCCUCCAACUCAACUCACUCACACUCCUCAUUUUCCCAGAAACAAACAACAAUAUCUCCCUUUUUCACUUUCUUCCUAAAUUAUUACAAUUUUUAUUUUUAUUUUAUUCUAUUCUAUUCUAUAAAUAUAGUAUCUAUAAAAUGUUCAUAUAAGUAUAUAACAGAUUAAUCUAACGACAACCAUCAAAUCUCAUCAAACCAAACCCUAAUCCAAACGAUCAUUCCUCCCCUUUCCUCUGUUUCUGUUUCUCUCCCAUCAGAUCUAGAACCUUCCAACCUUCUCCAUCGAGAUCUCAUCUCACGCGCCUCCAACACUGGACCACGCGCCUGUAACCGCUUCUAUCAUGGUCGUUAGCGGAGGCAAAUCCCUUAAACGUAUGAAAAGAAGAGUCACUGCCGAUCACCACGAUUUCUUUUCAUUCCCUUCACAAUCCGUCGCCGUAUCAGAAAACUUCUCCGGCGGACCAUUCCGUUCCAACAUCCGAUCUUUUCUCACCAAGUACGCGCUUCUCCCGCCGCCGUCGGCGCUUUUUCCACAUUUACUGACGUGGCAGAUCCUCUUCCGUGUCGGUGAGAUCACCGAUGGUUCUGAUUCAGGCCCCGCGGUGGUGUGCCUCGAUGUUGUGGAAGAGGACGUGGCUAGAUCUAGAUCCGUUUACUGCGAUCAGUGCCGAGUUUUCGGUUGGAGCAGCAACCCAGUGUGCGGGAAACGCUACCAUUUUAUAAUCAAAUCUGAUGGGAGAUCAAUUGGUGGAUACAACAAACCGUGCAUGUGCUGUGGAGAUAUUUUGCAUUUGUCAGAAUCCAAGUGUAAGUCAUGUAACCAUGUGACAACUAGUGAUGAUGUUGAAGACUGGGUGUACCACCAACUAGAGAACACAAGUCAUCUUUUACAUGGUGUUAUCCAUGCCAAUGGUUAUGGACACCUUCUUCGGGUUAAUGGCAGAGAAGGGGGAUCUAGAUUUCUUUCUGGUUGCCAUAUUAUGGAUUUCUGGGAUCGCCUAUGCAACACACUUGGAGUUAGAAAAGUUAGUGUGAUGGAUGUUUCAAAGAAAUAUGGGCUAGAGUAUCGCUUGCUCCAUGCCAUUACGAAGGGACGUCCAUGGUACGGUGAGUGGGGAUAUAAUUUUGGCUCCGGUAGCUAUUGUCUCACACAGCAAGCAUAUAAGUCUGCUCUAGAAAGCCUAUCCAAUCUACCCUUGUCCGUCUUCCUCUCCCAGGAACAAAAGCCCCACUCACGUGUGCAGGAUAUGAUCUUGUAUUACCAGGCUUUGUCAGAGCAUGAGCUUGUAAAUCUGAGGGACCUAUUUUGUUUUUUGAUGGGUUUGAUGCAUGAUGCUCGCAAGAAUGCCUCUAAGUCUGAUGACAUAACCUGCAAGAAGCGUCGGUUUGAUGCUUCUGGAUUAUCAAGUUCUUGGGAGAAGAGUGACAUUGAACGCGUGGAGGAAGCCAUGCUCAGAGUGCUGCGUGCAGUGUCUGGGUCUAAUUGGGUGAGCCGUCGUGCUCUUAGGGGUGCUGUUUGCAAGGUGGCAUCUCCAGAGCUUCUUGAUUAUUGCCUUGCUGAACUGGGAGGAAAAGUGGUCUAUGGUGGGGUUGUUAAUAGCAGAUGCAACCCUCAAACCGGAGUUUACGAAUUCAGAAUUGAUGCUACAAGUGAUUCUUGCUUCGAUGGAUUUAUGGCCAACAACAAUUCUUCAGGCCUAAAGUGCCCAUCUGAAGAGCAUCUCAUGCAAUGCUUGAGAUAUUUAUACGAGUCUUUACUUCAUCCUCGGAUGAUGCUAAACUAUGUUGAUGAAGAGACAAGAACUCUUGCAAUGAGCUCGGCUCAGAGGCUUCUUGACUGCAAGCAAUUAGUAAAAGAUUAUUGUUCUGAGAUUUUGCCAGUGUCAGAUUUGUAUAAAAUGCGCAUCUCAUGUCAGGUUGAACUAGCUGACCAAUCUGAAGAUUCUGCAGCUAGAACUCCCCCAGAAAUAAUUGUGCUGCCCACAAAUGCCACGGUAUCUGAUCUUAAGAUUGAAGCAGCAAAUGCUUUUCAAGACGUAUAUCUAAUGUUUAGAAGAUUUCAAGUUGACGAACUACUUGGCUACAGUGGUGUAGACGAUUCCACCCAGGUCAAGGUCUUGUUAGGAUCAAAUGAAGUGGUUUGUGUCCGAGGAAAAUGCUCCGGAAAGACUGGGUUGAGCAAGUUUCGAAUGGAACGGGGACUUGAGAGGUGGACUGUGGAGUGCAACUGUGGGGCUAAAGACGACGAUGGAGAGAGAAUGAUGGCUUGUGAUAUAUGUGGGGUGUGGCGGCACACUCGAUGUUCUGGCAUUCCUGAUACUGCUCCUGUUCCAGCUCGUUUUGUUUGCCAGAAAUGCCAAAGUUGUGACUCAAAGCCUAAAUCUGGUGGGCACUGUAAAGAUGAGGAGACUGGGACUAGUGUUAGUAAUACUAGUAGUAGUUUCUUUGGAAAUGGCUUGCCAGUGCCUUCUGAUGUUUCGUUCAGGCAUUGAUUAGAUUGUGUAUAUAAAGCUUUAUUUAAGGUUUAUUUAAUUUUGCAUUGGCCUGAAAGAACAUGUAGAUAACAGAUAGGCCUUGGUGGGACAGGGCAUGUCUUGUUCAUAUUUCAGGUUCUACUUUCUUUUGUUUGUUUGUUUAUUUAUUCUGUAUAUAACAGAUGUUAGGAUGAAAAGAAAAAAAUCUAACUUAAAUUGGCUCAAAUAGUAACUCUCUGGUACUGUAUUUAAAAUAAUUGUGUAAUAACUAAUAACCAAACCUCAA